AUGUACUCGAUUGAAGCACUAUAUUUUGCCAAGAGAAACCGAGGUGGUUUCCAAAGUGGAUCUGAUCAAAUUAAUUCUGCACAGACCAACUAUGCAGGGAAGAUUAAUGAAAUGGGCGAUAAGACUGACUCCCUUUGUGCUGCGACAUCAACCUAUCAAGGCAGUGAAAGGGCAGGACCAGGAGCCGAGAAGAUCAGUCUGCAAUUUCAAAUGGAGGAGAUGACUCAUAACUCUGCAGAAUAUGAAGCUUUGAUUUUGGGUUUGGAGGCACUCGUGGCCAAAGGAGCACAGACGGUUAUUAUUUAUGGGGAUUCUCAAUUGGUUAUCAAUAAAGUGUUAAAAAGAAUUGCGGAGGUGGUUAUUAAGCAUGUACCGAGAAUAGAGAAUCAACAAGUAGAUAAUUUGGUUCAGAAUGCGUGUCAGCAAAUAUUUGUUGGCAACAUUGAUACGAUUACCGAUUGGAGAACAGAAAUUAUGGUCUAUUUGGAAGCACCAAAUUCUGCGACUUAUAUGGGUAUUCGAUUGAAAGCAUUACGUUUUCAACUCAUUGAAGGGGUUCUGUAUAAGAGAACCUUUGAAGGAGUAUUAUUAAGGUGUCUGGGACCAGAAGAAUCCAUCAAAAUGAUGGAAGAAGUUCAUGAUGGAAUCUGUGGAGCACACCGAGCAGGACUGAACAUGUGA